ACUAGAUCAUGUUUAAAAUUCUAUUUUAAGUUUCGUCAAUGCAAAAACCAAUGGAAGCGUACCAUUAGAUACUUAACAUGCUUCGAAUCAUCUUUACAAAAAUUUCUAACUUCUAAGCAACCUUUAUUCGGAUGGCUUGCUAAUUCGAUUUGUCAACAAACAGCUAUGUUUACCCAUACGACGCCGAUCACGAAAUAGGGCUACAUUUAACAUCGCAUACCUUUUCACAACCUAAUAUUUUGGUUAUCUUAAGUCUUUGGUGAAAGUAUUGCUAGUAGAAUUUACUUGGUUUUUACAAGAACUAAAUGCCAUGUCAAGGAAAGUGCCAACUUUAGGAGCUCCUUGUACGUUUGCCAGACACUAAUAACACCAUUGUGUCCUGAUAAGAUAGUAGCAUCCAUAUUACCUCUGGUAAAGAUUGUAUUUCACACAAAAGAAGCCGUGAAUCCGAAGUGAAAAUCCAUUAUUAUCAUCUUCUUACCAUGCUCUGAUGGAAGUCCAAAAGCUCCAACAGAAAACAAUGCCAGCAAAACAAGGGGAAACAUGAUUGCUUAAUUUUGAGCGGAAUACUGGUGUCAAGAGAACUUCACCUUUUGUAUUUAUAACCCACCAUCAAAAGUUGUUUUACUUCCUCAAACCUUAAAAGAAAUACAAGGAGGAUCUGAAUAUCUUAAUAGGAUUGAAUAAAUUUUACCGGUACGUUGAAACAAUUCAAAUGUACGCAGUAUGAUUUUUAAUUUAUCUAGAUCAGACUCAUAGUCAAGUCAACUUGGAUGAAGGAUAAUCUCUAGUCCACUAUCAGUAACAGAUGUGACAACUUUGACAUGAUGCUGUGAUGUGAUAUUAGGUAGUGACGCUUUAUUUCUGGAAAUCUGAACAGUGUCGACGAAUUUUCGAUAAAAAGCAAAAAUAAAUGAUACGAUAGCAUUUAUAAACUGCAUUUUUCAUUUUGACUUCUGUGCGAGAUUUUGACGAUCGAAAGAAUAUGUGUGUAGUUUUUAUUGGCUUUCUCGUUAUAGAAAUUCCUCAAGAGAUUUGAAUAUACCAGGAAGUCAAUUCUUGAAGUAAGGGAGUAGGAUAACUGGUAUAAGUUUAACGAAACAAUGGUUAAACCCAGGCGAAGAAAGACCGAAAGAGGAUUGAUACCUUAAAUAAUAUAUGAUGAAGCUGCAAGAAACAUAAUUGAUAAUAACCAACCUGUAAGGAAAGUGGCUAAAGAAUAUGAAAUGUGACACUAUAUCGUUAUGUAAAAUCUCUUUGUAAUAAUUUGCAGCCUAAGGUAGGAUACAAUCCAUUUAACAAAGUUUUUACUGCAGAACAAGAAUAACAGCUUGCUCAAUAUUGUGAAAAGACUGUAGAUCUAUAUUUUGGAUAGACAACAAGAGAUCUUCGUAAGCUAGCGUUUCAAUUUGCAUAUGCUAACAAACUCACCCAUCCUAAAAAAAUGGGAUGAAACUGAACACGCUGUGAAGAUUGGCUGCAGCUUUACUAAGACGGCACUCUGAUUUAACCCUUCGCACGCCCCAAGCCACAAGCCUUUCACGAGCCAUGAAUUUCAGUAAAGAGAACGUAUCCAGCUUCUUUGAUAAACUAUCAUCAGUUUUGGAAAGGCAUCACUUUGAACCUCAAAACAUUUACAACAUUGACGAGACCGGGGUGACUACAGUGCAAAAGCCAACUAAGGUAAUAGCCAAAAAGGGAACAAAACAGGUGGGAUCCAUAUCCUCGCAAGAACGUGCAACACUCGUUAAGCUAUGUUUAGCUGUCAACGUAGUCAACGUAGCAGUACGGUUUCUCCAAUGUUUGUAUUCCUUCGUAUCUAUUUUAAAGAUCAUUUUAUUAGAGAUGGACCCAUUGGAUGUAUAGGCACUGGAAAUAAAUCCGGGUGGAUGCAAGAAAAUGAAUUUCUCGCUUUGAUGAAACAUUUCGUGUAACAUGUUAAACCAAGUGAAACUAAUAAGGUGCCUAUUUUGUUGGACAACCACUCUUCAUAAAUUUCAAUUUCCUUAAUAGACUAUUGCAGAGAUAAUUUCAUUACCCUGCUGUCAUUCCCUCCACACACAUCACAUAGACUCCAGCCUUUGGACCGAGGAGUGUAUGGCCCUUUUAAAAAGUAUUUCAACAAUGCUGCAUAUCAGUGGAUGAAAAAUAAUCCAGGAAAACGCAUGACCAUUUACAAUUUAGCUGAGAUUGUAAAAUCAUCUAUUCCUUUGGCCACUACGCCAAAUAACAUUAUUGCUGUUUUUUCAUGCACCGGUAUAUGGCCUUUCAACCGAAAGAUUUUUUGAGAUAGUGAUUUUGCUCCUUCCACUGUUACCAGCAAGCCACUACAAGAUGACAAUUUAACUACAGAGACUAAUAUGCCCGACAUCGAGAAUAGGCAUACAUCCAGAAUCAGCAAUAAUAAGACACACCAGUCCAUUACGAAGUUAACCAAGACCAUCCACAGCCUCAGACACUACUCCUCCAACAGAAUCACUAUUAGUUUCCGAGAAUAAUUCAUCUUUAGUUACGCCUGAAGUUCUUAAACCACUGCCAAAAGCAGAUUUCGCUAAAUCCAAAAAUGGAGGAAAAAUGAAACGAAAAACGGCCAUACUAACAGAUACACUAGAAAAACUUUUAAUUGAAGCACAAAAUUUAAAGAAAAAAGUUCCAAUGAAAAAUGUGAAUAAAAAACCGAAAGACACUUUUUCAGACUCUUCUGACGAAGAAAUCCUCUGUUUGGUAUGUUUUGGUCGAUAUUCUAAGAGCACAGAAGACUGGUUGCAAUGUCGAGAAUGCAAAAAGUGGGCAAAUUGUUCAAAUAAAAGUCCAUUUUAUGUUUGCGUGAAUUGUAACUCUGACGACGACGACUAAUAUUCAGAAUUAUCUAAGAAGAUGUAAUGAUAAAGUUUAGUUUUAGUAUGUUAUGUUUCCUUUCGAAUUGUUUGAUGUUCUGUUAUUUUUAUAUUAGAUUUGGCCAAAGAAAUAAAUGUUUAUUUUUAUUAUUUACGUCUUCAUUUGUCAGGCUUUACCGUUUUAAGUCACUGUACGGAUCCGUUACAAUUGACGCUGACCCUGUUACUAUUGACACCUCUUAAGUGACAAUUGUAACACUUGUAACUGUUCCCUCAAAAGCAUAACCAUUUCAUAUUUGCAGCACGUAUACUGUUUUAGAAUCCAAAACAGUUUUCUCUGAAUUACUGUAGUUGUGAUUAAGGUAAAUUGAAAGUUUUAAAAAGUAACCCAAACUCAGAAAAUAAUAAAAUAUUAAUUUUGUUACAAUUGACACCGGUCUCCCCUACCCAAAACUCAAAAAGGCCGACAUGAAUAAAACUAAUAAUAAUAACUAUUAUUAUAUAACAAUAACUAUAUAUUAUUACUACUACUGUUAUUAUUAAAAAAGUUACAAUCAGUCUUAUUAACAUGUGGAAAAUGCCAUUUAUGAAGGUUUCUGCGCGGCCGAGUGAAAUACAAAGAAAUAUAAAUGUUAUCGGCAAUCUGUAUAUUCCGGUAUUCUAUACAAUACCUAGGUAAUGUAUAGAAUAUCUAAAACGUGUAGGAAAUGUAUAAAAUAUUAUUUGUUCUAUACUUUGCCUAGGUAUUCUAUACAAUACCGAAUUCGCAGCCGGUAAUGUAUGUAAAAGACGAGAGCAAGGAACGGGUUGUCAGGCAAUAAUUAUUGAAUAUCUGAGAUGAGAGAAAGAUUUUAUUCACAAUUACAAAUUAAAAGAGAAGCAGACACUGCUAAAGAUCGCACGUUCAUGAACAAUUGUUAGAAGAAAUAAAAAAUUCACUUCAAAAUGUCAAUAGUUCCUCAUGUAAAAAUAAAUAUUUUUUUUACUUGCUUAAUUAUAAUUUUGAUUAGGCAGUAGACCUACUUAGUAUUUUCAGAU